AUGGCCAAGUCCAAGAACUCCUCGCAGCACAACCAGUCGCGCAAGGCGCACCGCAACGGUCAGGAGAACAUUCUGGAUGUUAACGAGUUCUUCUCUGCCUUUAGCAUCAAGAAGCCCAAGACCUCGAGAUACCCGUCGCUGAAGGGCACCGAUCCCAAGUUCCGCCGCAACCAUCGUCAUGCUCUGCACGGCACCAUGAAGGCCCUCAAGGAGCUUAAGGAGGGCAAGCGCGAGACGGCAUAA